AUGGGCCCCACCAGGGCAAGGCAGCGGUUGGGAGGCGGAGGGGGCGGGUUGGGAGGCGGCGGCGGCGAGGGCGGCGGCGGCGGGCGGGGCGCCGGCGGGGCGCUCGGCGGUGCGGACGGGACCGGCGGCGGCGGCGGAAGAGGCGACGGCGGCUGCGAUGGCGGGUCGGGCCUCGGCGGGCCAAAGGGAGGGCGAGGCGGAAACGGCGGCAGUGCGGGAGGCGGCAGAUCUGGCGGCGGCGGCGGCGGCGGUUCGGGCGGCGGCGGGUCUGGAGGCGGCGUAGGCGGCGGCGACCAGGGAGGCGGCGGCCUUGGGGGCGGCGGCGGGGUGGGCGGAGGCGGCGGCGGCGGGCGCGGCGAGGGCGGCGGCGAGGGCGAGGGCGGCGGCGGCGGGAGUGGCGGCGGCGGCGCCAGCGGGUGGGGCGGAGGUGGCGGCUGCGGCGGCGGCGGCGGCGCUGGGGGAGGCGGCGGUGGUGGCAGCCUCGGCGGCGGAGACGGCGGCCGCGGCGGAGGGUUUGGCGACAGGAAGGGCGGGAACGCCAUGAUGGCGGCGUGCCCGUCCCAUGUCUUUGCAAAGCAGGAGUGGCCGAGGAUCGGGUAG